AUGCCGCACAACGUUCUCAAGCUGGUUAACAGACCAGAGCAGGCUCACAAGGUGGCUGCAAGUUACAAGCCCUCGAAGUUUGACAGAAAAAUCCUCCUCUGGACCGGCCGUUUCAAGACGGAAGAUGAGAUUCCGCCGAGGAUCCCGCCAGAGAUGCUGGACAGGGCAAGAAACAAGGCUCGAGUUAAAGCUUGUUACAUAAUGAUUGGGCUUUCGAUUGUUGCCUGUUUUGCUGUGAUUGCUUCGGCCAAAAAGGCUGCUGCACGUCAUGAGUCCUUAACAAGCUGGAACUUGGCAAAGAAGGCCAAGUGGCGGAAAGAGGCUGCACUGGCAGCGGAGUCAAAAUCAAAAUAA